UGAUUUCAUUGGACACAGAACGAAAAGGAGAAAUGUCAGUGUCGUGGAUUUAACGGAGGAGCAGUGUUUUUAGAUUUCUUUCCAGGAUUACAUCUGUGUUUGUAGAUUUUGACUACCCUCGAAAAAGAAAUGGACGAACUGGACUCGGGAGAGAAAUUUAGUCCGAAACAGGGUCCAGAGUGGGAUACAUUCCUCCAAGCAUCAGAUGGCACUGCAGUGGAGAAGAGUCCUCGUCGAAAGAGACUUUGGAUUGGUCUGGGACUCACUCUUGGAGCAGUCUUCAUAGCUGUACUCACCACUGUGCUGGUGCUGAAAUUUCACAAUCACAAGGAAGUCCAGACUUUGCCCAGACUCUACAUCGGAUCAAUGGAGAUCCAGAACCAGCCCUUCGUCCAGGACUACGAAGAACCAAACAGCCAACCCUUCAGAGAGCUGUCCUCCCUGGUCCAAAAGCAGCUCAGAAUCAUCUAUAACAAGAACUCGGUCCUGGCAAAGUACUUCACAGGAUCCUCUGUCCAGGCCUUCAGUGAAUCAAGGGAGAACAGCGUUGUGGCCUAUUACCAGUCUGAGUUCUCUGCUCCUGACUCCCACAAUGCUUUGCUGGAUGAAGCCAUGGAGUCUCUGCUAGAAAUGGGUCCGUCAGGCAAUACCCUGAGUAGGACCGGGAUCAGAGGUCAAGGGCGAGUGCUCAUACCCCCUAAGAAUGCAUUGCAAGUCGACCAGGUCAUCUCUGGAGCCAUUGAUCCUCGUAUGAACAGGAAGUCUCUAUUUGUGAAGAAGUCCUUCACACUGCGAGUAAAAGAUGGAGGAGUGGUGGAGUCUCCCGGUUUUCCAGAUAACCCAUACCCCCCGAAUGUGUUUGUCCAGUGGAGACUCAAGGCAGAACCAGGAUUCAGGAUCAAUCUGGACUUUCAUACCCUCAUACUGGAGGAUAACUGUGAGCAAGACUUCAUCAGAAUCUACGACUCGCUGGUCCCUAUUGAAAACCGUCUAAUCGCAGAGCAGUGUGGAUACCCUCACCAAUCCCUCUCCUAUCUCUCGUCUGGAAACGUAAUGCUGCUGACGCUCGUCACAAACAAUGAAAAAAAUUUCCCUGGAUUCAGAGCCAACUACUCCCAGAUUAAAAUCAAAGAGAAUGAAUGUGGAGGUUUGCUAACCACAGGGAAAGGUGUGUUCUCUUCUCCCUUCUACCCCUCCAACUACCCUCCUCAGAGCAGCUGCUCCUGGGAUAUACAGACUGCAGAGGAUAAGUUUAUCAAAGUCCUGUUCAGAAAGUUCUUUGUGGGUCAGAACCAGGACCUGGACUGUUCCCAGGACUAUGUGGAGGUCAACGGCAAGAGAUUAUGUGGCAGUGAACUGAAGACACCAGUGCAAACAUUCCGCAGCUCUCAGCUCUCUGUCAAGUUUCAUUCAGAUUCUUCCAGAGUGAACCAGGGAUUUACUGCUGAGUACGAGGCUUAUGUCCCCACUAACCCGUGUCCCGGAAGGUUCCAGUGCUCCAAUAAUCUCUGUGUGAAACCAGACCUGAAAUGUGAUGGGUUUAACGAUUGUGGAGAUGGCAGCGACGAAGAAAAUUGUGUUUGCAGUGAGUCCCAACUGAAGUGUAGAAACUCUAUUUGUAAGCCCAAGUUCUGGCAAUGUGAUGGCUUCGAUGACUGCGGAGACAACACGGAUGAGGAAAACUGUGAGCGGUGUAAAGCGGGAGAGUUUUUGUGCUCCAAUGGUCGCUGCGUAUCUGUUAACCUCAAGUGUAACAGUAUAGAUGAGUGUGGUGAUGGAUCUGAUGAGGCCCACUGUGAGAAAUCCAUGUUCCUGGAGUCAUGCUCGCAGUUCUCGUUCCGCUGUUCCGAUGGUCGCUGUGUGAGUCGCUCAAACCCCGAGUGUGACGGAAACAGAGACUGUCAGGAUGGAUCAGAUGAGGAGAAUUGUGAGUGUGGCGCACGUCCAUACCGCUCCUCCAGAAUUGUGGGUGGAGUUGAGUCCCGCUUGGGGGAGUGGCCGUGGCAGGUGAGUCUGCACCUGGACAAAAUACAUGUCUGUGGAGCGUCAGUCCUGAACAAGAGAUGGAUCCUGACAGCAGCACACUGUGUGUACAACAGUGCCACCAACAGGUUCACUUCAGCAGACCAGUGGGAUGUGCUCCUGGGGCUCCACUCUCAGAGCAGUGCAAACGAGUGGACGGUGCGGCGCAGAGUGCAGAGGAUUCUGGCUCACCCUGACUAUGACCCUAUGACUUACAACAAUGAUGUGGCUCUGAUGGAGUUAGACAAAGACGUGGUCCUCAACCAAUAUGUGUGGCCUAUCUGCCUCCCUGCAGAGACCCACCGCUUCAGCUCUGGCACCGAGGCCUGGAUCACAGGCUGGGGUGCCACCAGGGAGGGAGGUUCCACCUCUCUGACCCUACAGAAGGCCUCAGUUCGUCUGGUAAACUCCACCGUGUGCAAGGCUUUAAUGGGAGAUGAUGUGACAGAGCAGAUGUUGUGUGCAGGAGUCCUACAGGGGGGCAUCGAUGCUUGUCAGGGUGACUCUGGGGGCCCUCUGUCGGUACAGGAGCCCAGCGGGAGGGCUUUUCUUGCGGGGGUGGUGAGUUGGGGAGACGGCUGCGCUCAAAGGAACAAACCAGGAAUCUACGCCAGAGUCACAAAGUUCAGAGAUUGGAUCAGGACUAACACUGGGAUCUGAACCUAAACCCGGACUAGACCAGAUCUAACGUGGUGCUAGAGCAAGCUGGACCAAACACAAAGGUCUAUAUCAGGAUUAAUCUAGAACAAAACCAGGGUUUAACAUGAACUAAUAUGCACUAAAUGAAUUAUACGCACAUGUCGUCUCAGUCUGUUAGUAAAGAAAAUCAUAAAAAUGUCAUGCAUUACAGGGUUUUUAUAUAAAUCUAUAUUUAAUACCAGGAAUUAUUGUUUUGUCUCAGGUUCAUUCUGGUCAAUCCUAAGAAAAAAUGUUUUAGAGCUAAUUUUGAAAUCCAAUCUUCUG